GUAGAGGACAGGGAAAGAGAGAGGGAGAAAAUAUGCCUUGUGAAAGAAGAUAUGGAUCCAAAUGCCUCAAAGAGGCGUAAACUUAAAAGAGAGCAUAUGGCUUCAGAACCUGGCGAGUAUUCACCCGCUGCUCAUCCUCCUCCUCUUUCUAAUAAUAUGUCGCAGCCCUGUGAUGGAAGAGAUAGGGGAGAGCGAAAGGGUAUUAUUGUUCAGCAGCGUCUAGGUUACGUGGACGAGCCAGGUCUUAGGAUUCAUGGAAAAGAAAGUGCCAGCAAAACACCCCGUCGUGAUGCGGACUCUAUGUAUGACAGAGAGUGGGAUGACGACAAGAGGCAAAGAGCUGAGCCCAAGAGGCGGCAUCGGAAGUAAUUGCUAAACCACUAGACAACUGAAGUUUCUGUCGAAGUAAAAUUUACUUAGUGGGGUUUUUGGCUUGUGUCAUAUAUGUUCCCAGACCAAUUUUUUUUAGUCAAUUGUUUUAUUAGGCCCUCGAUGGGGUUUGAAUUAUUAUAUGCAUGUAAGUAGGCAAGAAGAUUGUGUUUCUUUGUGCAAAAUGCUUCGGAACUCUAUAUUUACAUUAUUACA